AUUUCUGCACAGUGUCAUCGCAACUGACGGUGAGCGAUACCUCGAAAGUCUGAGAGUCGUCGUGAGAGACUAGACGCGGUUUGCCCAGUGCUCUGCGAGGUGUUAAUAGUGCAACCGUGUGUUAGUCGCUCCUUGUUGUUCGUUAGGCACCGUUGACAUAUAUAGUUAUUUAUAUAUAGUUGUUUUUUAGACCUAACGGUUGAGCGUGUACACGCUACCUAGUCUAAUUAAUUGUAUUAAUUGUAGUGCAUCGACAAAAUGGCAGCAACAAAUUCUCAGGCCCCAGUUGUCAAAAAAGACGAAGUUUUCAAUGAAUUUUACACCGAGGUAAAAGAAAUUGAAAAGAGAGACUCUGUUUUAACUCCUAAACAACAAAUUGAUAGACUGUUGCGUCCAGGAUCAACGUACUUUAAUUUAAAUCCUUUUGAAGUACUUAACAUUGAUCCCACGACAAAUGUGGAUGAUAUCAAGAAGACUUAUCGACGUAUGUCUAUUCUUGUUCAUCCAGAUAAAAAUCAAGACGACGCAGACAGGGCACAACAAGCAUUUGAAAUUGUGAACAAAGCUUGGAAAACUUUGGAAAAUGAAGACACUAGAGCCAAAUGUAUGGAUGUCAUAGAGGAGGCAAAAGCUAGAACUGAUCACAUGAUUGCUGAAAAGAAAAAGAAGGCAAAAAAAGAAGGAAAAGGUGACACAAAGUUGGAGGAAGAAACCGAAAAUGGAUAUAAGCAUGCAGUUUAUGUAAUGACAAUGAAACUCUUUGCAGAUAUGGAGAGGAAAAGACGAGAUCUAGCAAUGCGCGACGCAGAACAAAGAAAACGAAAAAGAGAAGAAGAAAUCUCAGCAGAAACACAGGCACAAAUGGAACGUGAAUGGCAAAAAAAUUUCGAGGAGUCGCGACAAUCAAGGGUAGAAAGUUGGAAAACUUUCCAAUCGGGUGGUUCUUCUAAAAAAAAGAAAGAGAAAAAAAUGAAGACAUUCAAACCACCAAAAACAAAGGCAGAAUCUCGCCUAUAAUUCUAUGAAUCAAUAGUUUUCAUUAUCUAGGGUUGUAAUUUACUUUCCUUUCUGCAACGUACAAAUGAAUUAAUAUUGGAUUUCGAAAUGGAUCAACACUGUAUUUUUUUUUCUUCUAUAAAUCCAAGUUCCAAACGAGAAACUGCAAAACUGACAAAGAGAAAGUAAACUACUCAUUUUAUACAUAAUAAAUUUUAAUGGUCAACAGACUCGAAUGUCGCAAUUUAAGCCUGUCUGGCAAAAAAAAAGAUCAACGUGUAAAUGUAUCAUAUACUUUAAGAAUGAUUUUAUAUAUCUAACAAAAGUUAAAAGUGUUACUACUAUACUUCAUUAGUAUGUGUAAAAAAAAAUUAAACUCAAUAAAUGUAAUAAAAGAAUUAAAUACAGAAGAAUGUUAAACAGACAAAGGACAUUCUUGAUUAAUCUAUAGUUUAACGAUUAAUUUUUUUUACAAAAACAAAAGACUUGCUUUAUUUUAUACUUGUGG